GAAGUGCACAGCGCCCCGACGGAGAGGAGUGGACCGCUAUACGCACCGAUACGCUCUGCAUCCCUGUGGCUCUCCAGAAACUUUAGCAAGGGUGAGAAGGUUCACAGGACAGCACUGGGCGCUGGGUUUGGUGUUCAGAGAUGACCAACGACACCGUCCUGCUGCCGGAAGACUAUGAGAUCAACGCCUCCGAGCAGCUUAGCCCCCUGGCGCUGGUCCUCCACAACCACAGCGCGUUCCCGCCGCUGAACCUGCAGUCCAGCUCCCUGGUCACCUCGGCCACCAUGUUCGCGGUGGGGGUCCUGGGGAACGUCAUAGCCAUCGUGGUGUUGUGCAUCUCCAAGAAAGAGCAGAAGGAGACCAUCUUCUACACGCUGGUGUGCGGCAUGGCCGUCACCGACCUGCUGGGGACGUGCUUCACCAGCCCGGUGGUGAUCGCCACCUACGUGGCCGGACGGUGGCCAGGCGGGGUCCUGCUGUGCGACUACUUCUCCUUCUCCAUGCUGUUCUUCGGCUCGGCCGGGAUGUCCAUCAUGUGCGCCAUGGCCGUGGAGCGCUACCUGGCCAUCAGCCACGCGUACUUCUACUCGCAGCACAUAGACCGCUCCAUGGCGCGCCUCGCGCUCAUCGCCAUCUACCUGGCCAACAUCACGCUGUGUGUCAUGCCCAGUUUCGGGUUUGGAAGGCAUGUCCGUCACUACCCGGGGACUUGGUGUUUUCUGGACUGGAGGGCGACGGAUCCACUGGGUGCGUCUUACUCAUUUCUCUACGGCGGCGUAAUGUUGGUUUUAAUCGCCGUGACCGUUUUGUGCAAUUAUGCCGUAUGCAGGUCGCUGGUGGGGAUGAACCAGAGGUACACAAGGACAGUCAAGACGGAGGCGUCCAUGCGCAGCGGGGCGCGGCGCCGCUUCCCGCGCAUGCCAUCGGUCACCUCCGCCGCGGAGAUGCAGAUGCUCUGGCUUCUCAUCCUGAUGACGAUUGUAUUCCUCGUCUGUUCCAUCCCCUUUGUGGUGCGCAUCUUUGUGAACCAGCUGUACGGUCCUGCUUAUAUCUCCGCUGCAGGGAGUGAUCUGCUUGCGAUCCGCUUUGCCUCAUUCAACCCUAUUCUAGACCCAUGGGUGUACAUUCUAUGCCGGAAGAACUUGUUGGUGAAGGGCUGUGAGAGGUUGAAGCGGACAGUGGGACAUGUCAAGGAGGACCGCGUCCACUCGGCGGGCUGGGUGGGACAAAACUCGCCCCAGUUGUUUGACCACAGCAACGACACCAGCUACGCGUCAUUACGCACGGCAUUACGCACGGCCAAGGUUCGGAAGCCCGCGGAGGACCAGGCGUCUGACGACAGAGGAACCUCCUUCACCGACUUCACCACCAGGCAGGCUUGGGACUACGACACCGCCCGGGCCGACUACCAUCCGUUCAGCGUGGAGCAUUCAGCCGUGACCUCCGUGGAGGGAGAGAUGGCGGCAGCAAUGGUUCCCAAACCCACCGUGUCUGCCCCUGACGAUCGCAUCGGGGGGGCGCUACAGGCCGUGUGCUCCGUGGAGUCCCUCCAUCAGUGCGCGCUCACGAGGAAAGUGGACAUCGUCACGUGCACCUUCAGCACACCCAGCUCCACUCUGUCGGUCAAAUGCAUUUAACGAGGGCCCCUUGUAUUAUCACUAUAAACAGGCCUAUAGCAGUAUGGGAUCAGUUAUAGGACACACAGGAAGUUCCCUUUACCGAGUGGUAGGAAUAGUUUUACAAUAUACCCUAUGGGUACCUACAGAGUGCAUGCAUAUUUGUUAUUAUGCAUUAUAGCACAAUAACAAGAUAUAUUCACUGAGUGAAUCCAAGUGUCAUUGUUUUUCUGAGAUGGUUGUUGUGUAUCUGUGCAGGCAUACUGGUCUGCUACUCCGCUCACCAGGGCACGGGUCUGCGGGGUUCUGUGUUGGAAAAUAAAAAAUGUUCCGUAUAUAUGAAGUUAAUAUUUAUGGUUUUGCCUACGGGUUGGUAUUUUGAAAACGGGAGCCCUGAAGGA